AAACACUGUAGCGUGAUUAGCACUAAUAAGCUAAAGCUCGCUGAGAGAAGAAGAGAUCACAAACACUGAAAAGCCAAAAAAGGAGAAACCAAAUGGGUAAUUCGAUCCGUUAAAAAAGCCGAAUUCUUUGAAUCCACCGUCGUCGUAGAUCCAUGAGAUCUUCAACCGGAAAGCUUCUCCUUCUCUCGCGUUUGAGAAACCGCGGGAAAUUUGUUCCCGGAGGUGGCGAUGGGUUUCGGAUUCCGGCCACGAGGUCGUCGUCGUGCGAGUCUCAGAAGAUGUGGAGUUCUAGAACAGUAGUGCCACCGUCGUCAGACGAAACUUCCGAUAAAAACUCGAUCGACGCAGGAUCUUCAAUGCGGAAACCAGUUAGUUUGUGGCCUGGGAUGUAUCAUUCUCCGGUGACUAAUGCUCUUUGGGAAGCUCGACGUCAUAUGUUCGAAAACCCUAAUGGAGAUGAGUCGUCUCAUUCUAAAUUGACGGCUAAGUCUCCUUCGCGGAGCCGGACUUCGAUUCUCUACAAGUUUUCUUCUGAUUUUGUUCUUAGAGAACAGUAUAGGAAUCCUUGGAAUGAGAUUCGUACUGGUAAAUUGGUUGAAGAUCUUGAUGCUCUCGCUGGAACUAUCUCCUUCAAGCAUUGCGGUGGUGACAGCAGUGCAAGAUCAAUGAUUUUGGUGACUGCUUCAGUGGAUAGGAUUAUCAUGAAAAGACCAAUUCGUGUGGAUGUUGACCUCAGUAUUGUUGGUGCUGUUACAUGGGUUGGAAGGUCAUCCAUGGAGAUGCAAUUACAAGUAAUUCAAAGUCAAGAUGCCAACGAAUCCUCAGAGUCGGUUGCCCUUGAGGCAAACUUUACAUUUGUGGCUCGAGACGCAAAGACAGGCAAGUCAACCCCAAUUAACCCUGUCUCGCCAGAAACUGAACAUGAAAAAUUGCUAUGGAAAGAAGCAGAAGAAAGGAACAAACUACGAAAACAAAAGAGAGCAGAAAUUAAAGAAGAGCAUGAGAAGUUAAAGGACUUAGAGAGGCUAGAUGAGUUAUUAGCAGAAGGACGAGUUUUCAUGGACAUGCCAGCUCUUGCAGAUCGGAAUAGCAUCCUAAUUAAAGAUACUUCCCAUGAAUACUCAUUGAUAUGCCAGCCACAGCAACGAAAUAUUCAUGGUAGAAUCUUUGGAGGCUUCUUGAUGCGCAAAGCUUUUGAGCUGGCCUUUUCCAAUGCUUACACCUUUGCUGGAGUUUCACCACGUUUUCUUGAAGUUGAUCGUGUCGAUUUUAUCAAACCAGUGGAUGUUGGAAACUUCCUUCGUUUCAAGUCACGCGUAUUGUACACAGAAGCUAACAAUUCAGCUGAACCAUUGAUAAACAUUGAGGUUGUAGCUCACGUUACAAGUCCAGAGCUCAGGUCCAGCGAAGUAUCCAACAGGUUCUACUUCACCUUCAGUGUGAGACCUGAGGCCAUGAAAGAUGGAUUGAGAAUAAGAAAUGUGGUUCCAGCAACAGAAGAAGAAGCUAGAAGAGUGAUCGAGCGUAUGGACGCAGAGAGACCCAUCUCAUUGCCUUGAUCACCUCAUUAGAACCAAGAGAAAAACCCCAGUCUAACUUAAAUUAUGAAUAAGAAAGGAUUGAUUAAUACGAAAGAAUAAAACUUCUAAUCAUUUGAUGAACCUUCUAAUAAUUUUUUUGUCAACCAA